GGUUUAUCAAAGUCAAUACCACAAAUCACUAGCUUUAUAAAUCUCAAAUACUACUCGAUCCAUUCAUCUAUUUAAAACAAUGCCAAACCAUAGAGCCUCAACGGUAGCAAGCAGGUCUCCUACCCCCGAUGUUCCAGAUCUCAUAAGCGAUCAUAGUGACAGUACUACUGAAAGUCAGAAAAGCGCAGAAAGUAAAGCAAGAGCUCUUCAAAUAAGGAAGGAUGCAGAAAAUGCAAAGAAAGCAAGUGAUUUAGCAGAAAAGGAAAAAGCAAAGAGGCAGAAGGCAAAAUCAAAGGAAAAAUUGAUAAAACAAAAAAAGCAUGGUAAUGGUGGUGGUGGAAGCGGGAGUGGUGGUACAGCACACAGCGGACAUUAAAGUUGAUGAACAAAACAUGCCCAGCUAAAAACGGCAGAAGCUGUCAAAACCUCUCAGAUUUACACCGGCAUUUUGGGGAUUGCAAGAAUCGUUGGAAGGGGUUCAAGAAAAAUCAAAUAACUAGAAUGGCACACAUUGUUUACUGGGUUUGAUUUUUAGAUCGUUCAACUGCAUGUUGGGAUUUAACGGAGCUAAAGGACAAUAGAUAGGUUCGGCA